AGCCUUCGAGCCUAUAAAUUCCAACGGAUUCUUGCUAACUUUCCCAGUAAAAGGUGUGAUUUCGGGACGUUCUUUGCUUGACUGUUUAAAGUGCUUUGACCAUUAUGGUUUUUCGUGCAUUGGUGCUAUUUUCAACCGUUUUGGUCAUCGAAUCUUUUGCCGCUGAAACUCGAAUACUUUCGGUGACGCAAUGCCAGGGGGAGUGCACCACCGAGGGGAUCAUCUGCUCCGAUAGUUCAACCGUGUCUUACUGCAUACUCAACGGUGGUCAGUGGCGGGAGAUUCCGUUCGAUUCCUGCAACACUGAAGAGGGAUUUUUCUGCAACAAGCAAGACGGAGGCUGCUCUCAACGAAUUGGGCCAUGCCAUCCGGAAAACCAGGAGGGAGUCUUCGUGUGUAGCUCGGAAGGGGUCUUCCCAAACCCCUUCGACUGUCGGACGUAUCACAUGUGCUACGUCAACGCAGGCAACAUGGUGUCCAUCCAGAUCCAGUGCCAGAACUCGGCCUUCUCACCGACCACCAACCAGUGCUCGCUGUCCUUGGAUCAUGAAGUUUGUCUGGAGCCACAGUGGAGCUGCGAAAGAGCCGGAGACAUCGGGGGUUGGCCGGGAACCGACAAUCUGUACUACAUCUGUGUCAACACGGCCGGAGUGCUGAGUCCGCGGCUGUUCCGGUGUGAUCCGAACCACGUUUUUGAGGAGGGACGUUGCGUCGAAGGAUCGUCGGAUACGACCAACUCUCCCGGGGGGUUCCAGUGUCAAUCGCCAGGACUGAGUCGGGACCCGAGCGACUGCACGCGUUACUUUUACUGUGAUAUGAAUCUGGACAGCCAGCAUCUGCAGUGCCCUGUUGGAACGAUCUUUGAUGUGGCGAGUGUGUCGUGUGUGCGGGGGACGUGCUGAAUAGUUUA